UUCCGGGGCGGUCCGGGCGGGGCCCGAGCUAGGGCUGCUGCCCCGAGCAGUCCUGGCUCGCGGGCGAUGCUCUGCUGCCGGCCACGUCUCCACGCCGGGCCGCGGGCACUUCCCCGCCGUCCGACGGCCGCCCGGCCGCCGCAGGCCUGCCGCGCCGGAUGCGUCUGCUAACAGAGCGGGGCAUCUGCCCAUGUCGCCCAUGUGCCCCAGAGCAUGCCGUGGCCUGGGGCUCUGCCUCCUCGCUGCUCUCGCGCCCCGCACAGCCAGACCUCGCCCGGCGAGCGCACGGUGCCAAGCCCGCAGCUCUCCACGGAGGAAGAUGGCCCAGCCCGGGAGCACGCCCUGAGCGGCUGCCUCUAGUGAGUGUCCACGGCCCUGCCCGCGGGGCCACCUGCCUGGUGUCGGGACGGCGAGCCCGGAGGGGGCCCCGAGAGGGCUUUACCACGGAGUGGGAAAAGGAAGAGAGCAAAAGGGAAAGACAGCGAAGCCCCGAGGGGGGCCUGUUCGCAGAUCCUUCAGCCCGGCAGCAGGGAAUUGUUAGCAGCCUGAGGAGUGGCCAGCUGGGAACCUCAGGGACCGCCCAGCCUUGCUCCUGGCUCACCCACAAGAUGUGGACAGCCCUUGUGCUCGUUUGGAUUUCCUCCUUGUCCUUAUCUGAAAGCAAAGCGCCAUCCCAGGAUCUACGGCACCUAGUCUCUAGCCAGACAGCUAAUUCAGCCAAGAAUGCCUCGGUGACGGCGGCUGCAAGAGUCCUUAAUGACACGUCUGGAACGAUGACCGUGCUGACGCCUCCUGUCACACUGACCACAGGGACUCUGGGGACCGACCCCAGCUCUCCUGCAGUCACAGCAGGGAGCACAUUCAGGACAGACACAGCUGGCCCGGCAGCCUCCGGGGGACCCUCACCAGCUUCGGCGGCGUCGACACAGCGGACCCCGUCCUCCGCGACCGCUCCCGGCGCAGCCCCCGCGCCGGCCCCGAGUGUCAGCCCGCUGCCAAGAACGACGGCGCCCGCGACGUCGGCCACCGUUGCUCGGACCACAGCUGGCCCCACAGCAAGUGCCAGCGCCCCGACAGGCACGCGCGGCCCCCCCGUAGCCAGCCCCGCGCCCCCCACGAGUCCCCAAGCGCUUGACGUGUCCACACGAGGCCCCGCCGUCCGGACGUCGACGGCCCGGCCCGGGGCUGGCACAAGUGGGCCCACGCCCACCCUCGCCGACACAACCCCAGAGCCCACCCGCCCAUCCACGGCUCCCGUGUCCACCACAGCGGUGACCGCCACCGAGGCCCAGGCCCGGGAGCCGGCUGCCAGCACGCCGCCGGCACCGGCCUCUGACUCCACCCCCACCCCCAAGGUGGAGGCCACGGCCCCCGCGACGCGGCCAGGCCCCGCGCCGUCUACCCGGGGAGCUGCGGGCCCAGACACGCCCCGGACGCCGGAGCAGGUGCGGCCCGAAACCCCGCCCGGUACCGCGUCCACCGCCCCGACACCCGGGAGCUCGGGGGGCUCCCAGGUGCCAGCCUCGGCCCCGUGCCCGCUGAGCACGCAGGGCCCGUACCUGGUGGUCACCACCCGGCCCCUUCCCCAGGCUCUGGUGAACAAAAGUUUCCUGCUGGCGGUGCUCUUGCUCGGGGUGACCCUCUUCGUCGUAGUCUUGGUUCUGCUGGGCCUGCAAGCCUACGAGAGCUACAGGAAGAAGGAGUACACGCAGGUGGACUAUCUGAUCAACGGGAUGUACGCGGACUCCGAGAUGUGAGGGGCCCGGGAGGCGGGGCCCGGGAGGCCGAGCCCGCCCCCCUUCCGUCUCGCCUCCGAGACCAAAUCCAGCGCUUCCAGAUUCUUUUGGUGCAAUUGGGACGAGUGCCGGACGCUUAAGCGUAUCUACUUGCUGUCGGAUUGACUCCACGAGCCCUCGAGAGUUGCUUUGUUCAUAUUUAUUUUUGUAAACAAUCAUGUCAACGGAGCGGGCAGUGGCCCCGCCACGGGCAGGCCUGGCAGGGCCCCGGUGGGGAUCCUGACCAGAAUUAAAGCAACGACUGCUUUCCGUUCA